AUGAUGGCUCUGGAUGUGUUGGAACUUUCUGAAAGAAAAAACGACAUGGUUUAUGUAGUUUUUAUGUCCAAUUUUUUAUACUCCACGCAUUCAUUAGUUGCCAUUAAGGAGAUUAAUGAUAUGAAAACAACUUUCUACACAGUUGGACAGUGGACUCCAAGAGAAUCACCUUCUCGGGAUACUUUGAUUUCUGAAGCUCAGUUAUCGGCAACUGAUGGGCACUGCGAUAUGAAUGUCAUGGCAACUUAUUUGCUCGGCGUGUUGGCCUACGACGCCCCUUCCGUCAAUGAUGAUAGGCUGGUAUCUGUAUCUACCGGCAGUGCACCAGGUGUGGCCGUGGCCGAGACGAAGAAAGAAGAGAAAGUUGAGGAGAAAGAAGAAUCCGACGAUGAUAUGGGCUUCAUCCUCUUGGACUAG